GGAGCGGCGAUGCUGCAGCCCUCCCCCGGCGCCGACGGGGUCCUGCCGGGGUAGCGGCCCCGCCGUGCCGCGCCGAGCCCCGCCGUCUGCGGGGGCGGCGGCCGCGCAGGGAUGGAGCCGGCCGGCCCCUGCCGGGCGCAGUUGGGCUCCGCUAACGACUCUUACCGAAACUGUAGCGCCGAGGAAGUGAUUUACCAAGAUGCCACCCCCCUCUCCGGGAAGAUCGUGCUCGCCGUCGUCCUGGCGCUGGUCACCCUGGCCACGGUGCUUUCCAACGCCUUUGUCAUCGCCACGGUCUACCAGACGAGGAAACUCCACACGCCGGCCAACUAUUUGAUCGCCUCGUUGGCCGUCACCGACCUCCUCGUCUCCAUCCUUGUCAUGCCUAUCAGCACCAUGUACACUGUGACCGGCAAGUGGACGCUGGGUCAGAUCGUCUGCGAUAUCUGGCUGUCCUCGGACAUCACCUGUUGCACGGCGUCCAUCCUGCACCUCUGUGUCAUCGCCCUGGACCGCUACUGGGCGAUCACCGACGCCGUCGAGUACUCCACGAAACGGACUCCCAAGCGGGCAGCGGGCAUGAUCGCACUGGUAUGGAUCUUCUCCAUCUGCAUCUCCAUGCCCCCUUUGUUUUGGCGGCAGGCGAAGGCCGAGGAAGUAUCUUACUGUGUGGUGAACACGGACCACGUCCUGUACACCGUGUACUCCACAGUAGGAGCCUUCUACUUCCCCACUCUGCUGCUGAUAGCCCUCUACGGGAGGAUCUACGUGGAAGCCAGGUCGCGGAUUUUGAAGCAGACGCCAAAGAAAGCAGGUAAAAGACUAACGCGGGCACAGUUAAUUACAGACUCCCCGGGGUCGACCUCUUCCGUCACGUCCAUAAAUUCCAAGGCUCCCGAGGGAUCCAGCGAAACGGGCUCCCCCGUGUACAUGAACCAGGUGAAGGUGAAGGUCUCGGACGCCCUGCUGGAGAAAAAGAAGCUGACGGCCGCUAGAGAGCGGAAAGCUACAAAGACUUUAGGGAUUAUUUUAGGAGCCUUCAUCGUAUGUUGGCUGCCCUUUUUCAUCAUCAGCUUGGUGAUGCCUAUUUGCAAGGACGCUUGCUGGUUCCACAUGGCCAUCUUUGACUUUUUCACGUGGCUUGGAUAUCUCAACUCCCUCAUCAACCCCGUCAUCUAUACUAUGUCUAACGAAGACUUCAAGCAAGCUUUCCACAAACUCAUACGUUUCCGAUGCACAGGCUGAAAUGUUGAAUGCGAUGUGUUCCCCGCGGCAGCCCCCAUGCACGCCCGCGCCCGGCGCCACAGUUCACAGGUGGUGUGAGGAGGAACAAUUGACUGGAAAAUUACAGCAGUUCUGCAAUUUCUUCAAAUUGACAUAAAUCAAGGAAUAACUACUUACAAUAACCAACUCCUUACUCCAGGACAUGAUCAGAAGUAGAAAAUUAUAUUGAAGCUGGGAAGAUGAAGAGAUGUUUAGAUAUGCUGAGAUCACAGUUUUCAGCUGUAAGCACAGGAGUGCACAUUUUAACAAUGGAGCAGAUGCUUCCAAUUAUCUGCAAUAAGGAGAAGGGACACUUGAAAAUCUAGCUGGUAUUAGGUGGCUGUCAGAAGGCUCUUGGAUAAGAAGAAAAGGAUGCAAAGUGCAGCAAAAUAAUUUUACUUUCAUAAUACAUUAAUUUUAAGACUGCUCUACAAGUUGAAAAAUUCAUAUGUAUUCUAAUAUGAAUUAGAAACUGAAAGCAAAACAAUCAAACUGAAAAUCUUAAUGUGGAGUGCUUUUCCUAUUUUAAACUGUGACAAACUUUACUCAUGAAAUAUUUCCUUUGAUAUUCUACAGUGUUAUUCAAAUUUAAAUAGAUUUAUAUGUUUAACUGUGCCUACUGCUUGCUCAUGUAGUGCUUAUAUAUGAAGUGAAAAUAAGAUUCCCAUAGAAAGGGACAGCUUGUAAAAUACAGAACUGUACAUAGAAGAAAUAUAAAUGUAGCCCCUUUUUUCACUCUUCUGCAAUUACCGCAUGCCAGAUCCUGGGGAAUGUUUUUGAUUUGCCAUAUGCUUAGCAGGGAUGUUCAGGAAGGCCAAAUUGCCUGCCCAAACCAUGCAUGUGCUGAUAGUCAAAUUCAUGUCUUGUCAUUUGUUCCUUGAUCUGUACUGACUCAGGCUGCCGACACUCUCUGCUGAAGGCAUGCCUGUUUCUUUGUCCUGAGCCUCAUGAAGAAGAACCACGGACAAUCCUUCUCUCCAGCGUGUCAAGCCUGUGUUCCAGCCACACCUUCCACACCACUCUGAUAGCUGGGCUGUCACAUUCUUGCCCGUGUGGCACACAGAUGAGUGAGGUGCUGCCAGAGGACUCAGUGGUAACUUCAGACGUGCAGGCUUUGGGUAAGGGUGCGCUGAACAAGCCAACACCAAGCUCAGGAUUGCUCCACAUUCACCCGUGCAGCCAAGCACUUUAACCAUAUCGACAGCAUGUGCCAAAUCAUCCGCCAGUGAAACCACAGAAGUGAGCUUGUUCUCCUGGACGAUCCCAAAUGCAUUUCUCUUGUGAGUUCCAGCACACUUCUUUGAUUAUCUGGGAGGGGGAAAAAAAAGGUCAAUAAAA